AUGGCUGAAAACAAGAUAAGAAAAUUCCUGGAAGAUCUUGGUGGAGAAAAGGUAUUGGAAUGUUCCAUUUGCCUCAAAAGGUUCCAGCAACCUAAAGCAUUAAACUGUCUUCAUAGCUUUUGUACGUCAUGUUUGUAUGACUGGGUCAAGACGAAGGGCGAGCUGAUAUGCCCAAUUUGUUUAGAAACAUAUCCAAUUCCGGAUGGUGGACUUGAGAAACUUCCUCAAAAUACCUUUUUCAACUACUUAAUACAACAGAUGGGAGAAAGACAAAUAUGUGAAUAUGAUUGUUGUGAAAUUGGCAAAAAGGCAACACAUUAUUGCCAGGAAUGCAGACAGUAUAUAUGUUCUACUUGCUAUGGCUACCAUGCGAAAUUUCGAGCUCAUACAAAUCACAUACUGUACCGAAUAGAAGAUGUGCGAUCCUCAUUUCAUCACCAUAAAUAUCAAAGUACUGAAUUUAAAAACCAUGGUACUGGCAAUAUGAGUGAGAAUAUUGAUUGUGUAUCAGUCAAGCAUUCUCCAGUAUUGAAUGUAGAAAAAGAAGGUUUAGUGAACACGAUAAAAAUAGGUAAAAAGGUCACAGAUGUUGUAUGGUGUGAUCAAGAUGAUUGCUUAUUAGUUGCAUAUUGCAAAAAUGAAAUUUUUAAGUGCAAGAUAACUGGCGAAUACAUUGGUAAAAUAACGUUACAAGAAGGCGUACGCGUAAAAAGAAUGCACAAAAUGAAUAAUGACAAGUUAGCAUUCAGUGAUGAUGGUAAUGAAAAAUGUAUCAAAAUAUGUACGAUGGACGGCCAAGUAAAGAGGAAAAUUGGAAAAGGAAGUUUGGAGGCGCCAUCUGGGGUCAAAGUAAAUGAGGGACUACUUACACAAGUUUAUGCUACAAGUUUUUUCAAUAACGGUGCCUUCAAGUUUAGUUUUUAUAGCAAGGCGACAGUUAAAUCUGAUUUGUUCAACAAAAUUAAUGUUUUUCAUAAUGGUUACAAUGAUGUCACUUUUACGAAAGAUGGAAAAUUACUUUUUUUAAAUCAUAUUCAUAGUAGACUAGAAUUAUUUGAGAAAGAACAAUUCAGCAAAGUGCUUGUUUGGCCAGGAGAUGAUUGUGGUAAAAUAAUGAAACCUGGAGGAGUGGUUGUAGAUGGUGAUGGAAACAUCAUAAUAUCAAGCAAAAACAAAUUGCAACUAUUUAAUUCUAAUGGAAAGUUUAUGAAACGCAUUGAUAAAGAAGAAGAUGGAAUACUUUUUCCAUGGGGAUUAACAAUAAUAUCUUAUCAUCCAAAGAAAGUUGCUCUGGCAAACCAUGAUGAUACAUCAGUUAAAAUUUUUAUUUACUAA